AUGGAUAGAUUUGGUGGCGAAGUUUCUUCUUAUUCGUUCGUCCGUUUUUUUUUUUCUCCAACUUGUUGCAAAUUGAUUAGCGUCUCGCACUUUCUCCUAUUAUUUUUUUCUUUUUUGACUUCCCUCCCUCUUUCUCUCAGUCUAUCACGCUUUAUAACCACUUUCUUUCUUUUUCUACCCUCUAUCCUCUUCCGCCUCACCAGCUAUCCUCUUCUUCCUCACCUGCUAUCCUCUUCCGCCUCACCGGCUAUCCUCUUCCGCCUCACCCGAUAUCCUCUUCCGCCUCACCGGCUAUCCUCUUCCGCCUCACCUGCUAUCCUCUUCCGCCUCACCGGCCUAUCCUCUUAUCCUCUUCCUCCGCCUCACCAGCUAUCCUCUUCCGCCUCACCGGCUAUCCUCUUCCGCCUCACCCGAUAUCCUCUUCCGCCUCACCUACGAUCCUCUUCCGCCUCACCAGCUAUCCUCUUCCGCCUCACCUUUUAUCCUCUUCUGCCUCACCUUUUAUCCUCUCCCGCCUCACCGGCUAUCCUCUUCCACCUCACCGGCUAUCCUCUUCCGCCAAACCUGCUAAUCCUCUUCCGUCUCACCUGCUAUCCUCUUCCGCCUCACCUGCUAUCAUAUUCCGCCUCACCGGCUAUCCUCUUCCGCCUCACCGGCUAUCCUCUUCCGCCUCACCGGCUAUCCUCUUCCGCUGCAUCUAUGAAGUGA